AUGAAGGGAGGUUCAGAGACAAAGUUCUUGCAAGAACUGAUUUUGUACGCAGCGAGUGACACUCUCAGCUGCUUCUUGUUGUUUGCGGGGCUUCGACACCUCGACCCUAAUCAGGAAGCCUCAAAGAAAGCCCUAGAACAUAAGAAGGAAAUCGCCAAGCGUUUGGGCCGACCUCUAAUUCAAACCAAUCCCUAUGAGGAUGUAAUAGCCUGCGAUGUUAUUAAUCCUGAGCACAUUGACGUGGAGUUCAACUCUAUAGGAGGUUUGGAAACCAUCAAGCAAGCAUUAUAUAAAUUGGUGAUUCUUCCACUAAGGAGACCUGAACUGUUUUCUCAUGGGAAGUUCCUUGGUCCCCAAAAAAGGGGUCUUGUUAUAUGGACCCCCUGGCACUGGAAAGACUAUGCUAGCUAA